AUGUAUUUUAACUUUACAUUCCUCUAAAGAUUUUAAAUAAAAGAAGGUGAAAAUAUUUUAUCUUAUAUAACAGAAUAACCCCAAUAAUGUUUAAAGUUAAAAGAAAAUAUAAGAAAUAUAAUAUUUUAGUCUAAAUUUUAAGACGAAUAUGAUAUAAUAUAAUAAAUAGGUUAAGGAAAUUACGCUAAAGUAUAUUUAGCAACUAAUAAAUAGAAUUUCUAAAAAUUCGCAGUAAAAUGUUUUGAUAAAUAGAAACUUAAAUAAUCAGAGAACGGAAUAAAUUCUUUUAUGAAUGAAUUGAAAAUAAUGCAAAAUGUAAAUGAUCAUCCCAAUAUAGUUAAACUGCAUGAAGUUUUCGAAGGAGAUUAUACAUAUUAUUUAGUAAUGGAAUUAAUUGAAGGUCCUUCUUUAUAAGAAGAUUUAUAUAACCGUGAAAAUCUAUAUACUAAUCAUUAAAUUAUAUAAAUUAUGAAAAUGCUUAUUUUAGCUAUUUAAUAUUGUUCUAAAAAAAACAUCAUGCAUAGAGAUUUAAAACCUGAUAACAUUUUAUUAAUUAAACGUUCGAAAACUUUUUCUUUGAAAAUUGUUGAUUUUGGAUUGGCAGCUUAUUCAAAUUAAAUUCCUUAUAUAUUUCCGAAAUGUGGUACACCAGGCUUUGUGGCACCCGAAAUUGCUAAUUUAAAUGAUAAAAAAAAAGGAUAUGGGGUUAUAUGCGAUGUAUUUUCUCUCGGAGCUAUUUUCUUUAUCCUUUUGACAGGUGAAAAUCUUUUUUAGGUAUAUUGA